UAGCUAUACGAUUAAAAAGGUCAAAUUAUGGAGUUGGAAGUUUGUGAACAGUUACCUUCAGAAAAUGACAUCAGCUCCAAACACUGCCUGACAUUGGGAGUUGGAGAACUAAAUGUAAACAGAGUUUAUGUAUUCGGAACCUAUAUUGGCGGUAUAAUUGUGGCUCUGGUGGCAGUCGUGGUAGCUUUUACAUACUGCUAUUGCAACAGAAGGAGUAAACUCACGAGGAAUUUACAGAAUGAUCUACCGCCUGUAAGUAAAAAUAUUUACGGUAGUCCCGGUCCAAGUGCUCCUAUGGAGAUGAAUUCGUUACUUCCUCCACACCUUCCUCCUCAACGGAGUCACCAUGGAUCCAAUAAAAAUAGCUUUCAAUCUGUACCACAAUAUACAUUUAAAGAAGUUAGAUUUUUAGACGAAUUAGGAGAAGGCGCGUUUGGUAAAGUUUACAAAGGAGAACUAAAGACAAAGACUGGCAAAAUAUUUGUAGCAGUGAAAUCCCUUAAAGAAAACGCAAGUGCUAAGACACAGGCUGAUUUCCAGCGGGAAAUUGAACUCAUAUCUGAACUUAAACAUCCGAAUAUCAUUUGUUUACUGGGUGUGGUGAUGAAACAGGAACCAAUGUGUAUGCUUUUUGAAUAUAUGUCUGAGGGAGAUCUACAUGAAUUCUUAAUAGCAAAUUCUCCAGAAGAAGGAAAAUGUUUGACACAUAAUCAAUUUUUAGAUGUAGCUAUUCAAAUUGCACAAGGUAUGGAAUAUCUCUCAGCGAAUCAUUACGUACAUAGAGACUUAGCAGCUAGGAAUUGCCUUGUAUCCAAAGAUUUAGUGGUUAAAAUUAGUGAUUUUGGAUUAAGUAGAGAUAUGUACAGUUGUGAUUAUUAUCGGUAA